UUUGCAUUAUAUUUGUUAUCUAUGUGGAAAUGUUUGUAGUUGAAGUCAGCUCAAGGUGUCGCUGUACACCAGUUUUAAAAUUGAACUAUUCGACACAUAUCAGUUUGUUGUACGCCCAGAACAGUAACAGACGCAGUCUCGCGGAAUCUCGGCUUUUGUUCAGUGAUCUCUGGUUAAACGGUCUUUUUUUUCAUCGUGGUUCAACGUCUCAGCAGCUCGAACUGAAGGAUGGAUGGAAAUAUGAAAUCGUUUAAGUCGUACAGCUUUUACUUUGUUCUUCUUCUGUUUUUGCACGUCGCGUAUGGAGACAUCAACUAUUCCUUUCCAGAGGAAAUGAAGCGAGGAUCAGUUAUUGGAAACGUAGCCAAGGAUCUUGGGAUGGAAACGGGUGCGUUCGCUAACAGAAGAGCCCGCAUCGACUCCGACGGGACGGACAAACGUUACUGUGACAUAAACCUGAAUAAUGGAGAGCUGGUUGUUGCCGACAGGAUUGACCGAGAGGGGCUUUGUGGAGAGAAGGCUUCGUGCGUUCUGAAACACGAGCUUGUGCUGGAGAAUCCUCUGGAGCUCCAUAGAAUUAGUUUACACGUUCAUGAUAUUAAUGAUAACGCUCCACGGUUUAAGGAGGAAAUGAUACAUCUAGAAAUUCGCGAAUCUGCAGACAGGGGAGCUCGUUUUGUGAUCGAAGAGGCGCACGAUGCGGAUGUAGGACAGAAUUCAGUUCAGCAGUACAGCCUCAAAAAGAAUGAGAAUUUCGUUUUGGCCACUAAUGGAAACACAAUUGAGCUCGUGCUCGAUAAAGAGCUUGAUCGUGAAAAACAGCAGAACAUUGAUCUGAUCCUUACGGCUCUAGAUGGUGGCUCCCCUCAGAGAUCAGGAACCGUAGUUAUACACGUCACUGUGCUGGAUGCUAAUGAUAAUGUACCAGUGUUUAGUCAGAGCGUUUAUAAAGCAAAUCUGCCUGAAAACGCUCCUGUAGAUACUGUGGUAGUCACAGUGAGUGCAACUGAUGCAGACGAGGGAGUGAAUGGAGACGUGACUUAUGAAUUUGGUCACGUUACAGAGGACGUAAAGAAGGUGUUCAUUAUUGACAGCAAAGUAGGUGAGAUCAGAGUAAUUGGCACCGUUGAUUUUGAAACUACAAAAUCAUUUGAUAUACGAGUAAAGGCAAAAGAUGGUUUAGGGUUAUCAUCCUACGCCAAGGUAAUAAUUUCUGUUACUGAUGUGAAUGACAACGCCCCUGUACUCAAUAUAAAAUCAUUAACCAAUCCUGUAUCAGAAAACACGUCACCUGGUACAGAGGUGGGCAUCAUUAACGUGCAGGACAGAGACUCUGAGAACAACAGACAGGUUCGCUGCUCCAUCCAGCAAACUGUCCCAUUCAAAUUAGUUCCUUCCAUUAAAAACUAUUACUCUCUGGUGACCACAGGACAACUGGACCGUGAACUAGUGUCUGAUUACAACAUUACCAUCAGUGCCACUGACGAGGGUUCUCCUCCUCUGUCCUCCUCUAAAACCGUUCACUUAUCUGUAGCUGACGUCAACGACAACCCACCUGUGUUUGAGGAACAGUCCUACAGCGCAUAUGUGAGUGAAAACAACAAACCUGGCUCCACCUUAUGUUCCGUGGCUGCUCGAGACCCGGACUGGAGACAGAACGGUACCGUGAUCUACUCUCUGUUACCUGCUGAGGUGAACGGUGCCCCGGUGUCGUCCUAUGUGUCAGUGAACGGAGACACGGGGGUGAUCCACGCUGUGAGGUCGUUUGAUUACGAACAGUUCAGGAGUUUUAAAGUGCACGUGAUGGCCAGAGACAACGGUUCUCCUCCUCUCAGCAGCAACGUGACCGUCAGUGUGUUCGUGUCGGAUGUGAACGACAACUCUCCUCAGAUACUGUACCCCGCCCCGGAGGGCAACUCGUUCAUGACCGAGCUGGUCCCCAAAGCUGCACACGGAGGCUCUCUGGUGUCCAAAGUCAUAGCGGUGGACGCGGACUCCGGACAGAACGCCUGGCUGUCCUAUCACAUAGUCAAAUCCACUGAUCCGGGACUUUUCACCAUCGGUGUCCACAGCGGAGAGAUCCGGACGCAGAGGGACGUUUUAGAGUCUGACAGCAUGAAGCAGAACCUCAUUGUGUCGGUGAAAGAUAACGGACAGCCCUCUCUGUCUGCCACCUGUUCCAUGUAUUUACUGAUCUCUGAUAACUUGGCUGAGGUGCCAGAACUGAAGGAUAUUUCUUACGAUGAGAAGAAUUCCAAGCUGACGUCGUAUCUGAUCAUUGCUCUGGUGUCCGUGUCCACGUUUUUCCUGACCUUCAUCAUCAUCAUCCUGGGUGUGAGGUUCUGUCGUAGGAGGAAGCCCAGACUGUUGUUUGACGGAGCAGUAGCCAUCCCCAGCGCUUAUCUCCCUCCUAAUUACGCAGAUGUUGACGGCACAGGAACUUUACGCAGCACUUACAACUAUGACGCCUACCUGACAACAGGCUCUAGAACCAGUGACUUUAAGUUCGUGUCAUCCUAUAAUGACAACACGCUGCCUGCUGACCAGACUCUGAGGAAGAGUCCGUCAGACUUUGCUGAUGCUUUUGGAGAUUCUGAUGGUUCUCCAGAGGUAGGCACUUGUCAUGCUAUCUAUAUUAAAUGAGCUAAUCAUCUUCAAGCCAUAUGGGUACACAUACAAACGACCAACCUGAAUACAUUUUUCUAAAUCUUCUCUUUUGUCACAUUUAUUGACUAGGGUACAUAUUUUAAAUCAUGUGCUUCUUGACUCUGUCCUUGGUGCUGAUUAUAUAUUUUGUGAGUUUUGGCGGUUUAAUCCUAUACCUAUUUCAGUAAUGAGUUUGUUUUUCAACAUGUUUUGUGGUUUUAGGUUAGUCUUUGAAAAACGUAAAUAUUUUAAUGUUGAGGUUAGGGGCUGUGUAUUACAAGACAAUCAGGCUAUGUUGAAUUUCUUGGUGAACCGGCAUUGAGGUCACAGCUUUAAUUCCAGAUAAUUAGGUCUGUCAUAAACAACUGCUUUGUUUUGUUUUGUGUAAUUCCAAUGUUUUUUACAUCUUUAUAUAUUAAGGAGUUGCUACCAUAAAUUAAAUGUUUUUUUUUAUAAAUAAUCUAGACUAUAUCACCUAUUUUCAAUCUCAAUGCUUUUACAUUCAUCUGUCAGUGUUCAUUAUUUAAGAUAUUUUCAAGAUCUUGCUUUUAUAGAAGGGUAUUUAGUUAUGUAUUGAAUUGGCUCUUUUCUCUUGUGCUUGGGGCAGUUUGACCUACAUGCUCAUGGACACAGUCUUCAAGCAUGUUUGCUUUCUAAACUUGUAGCAUCUUCCUUAUUUUUAACUCUGACUUUGCAAAGUGGACAGUUGCUAAGACAAGGCAAUGACUGAAGAAUGUCAUGCAACUGGGGCUAAUGUCAGUCUUGGAUUGCAGUGGUUUAGUUAGAAUAAUGAUGAAAUCAUUUCUGAAUUUGCUGCAUGUGUUUAAUAAAAGUGCAGUUAACAGUGUGGUGUGUGUAGUUGCCAAAAAACGACUACAUACAGUAGUUAGUUGUGUCAGAUGCUUAUAACUCUAAAUACAUGAGUAGGACAUGUAUGCUGGUGAUCACAUGUAAAGCAAAAUUACAGGAGUUUGAAUGUUAUUGUAAAGCAAAAGCCAGAUAGGAGAACAUAUUUAAAUACCAGUCAAUAUUUACGUGUUUUAUUGAACAUGCCUUCAAUAUUGGGAUUAAAGCUGUUUAUUGACCAGA